AUGGACAUCUUUUAUAGCGAUACGGACAGUAUGCAUCUCUACAAUGAAGAUAUCCCUCGUUUAGCUGAAGAGUUUGAGAAACGUUAUGGAAGAGUUCUCAUUGGUAAAAACCUUGGUCAAUUUCAUAGCGACUUUGCAGAAAUCACAAAAGAUAAACAAAGUUUAGCAUACAAGUCAAUAUUUUGUGGAAAGAAGACUUACAUAGACUUACUCACGAAUGAUUUAAAUGAAGUUGCAUUUCACUGCAGAAUGAAAGGCGUGAAGCAAGAUGUUAUUGCUUUAACCGCUAAUGAAAUGUUUCCUGACUCUGUUCAGUGUUUCUAUGAUGAAGAUAAAGGUUUAAUGGUUCCGCAAGGAAAAUUUGACAAAGACUCUGAGUUCAGUGUUAUGAAGUUAUAUAAAGCACUUUAUGACGGUCAAGAGAUUGCAUUCGACUUAUGUAAGUCUUCUAUUCCUUGCUUUGCUGAAAAGUUUAACUUCUCAAUAACGACUAAAACAAGCUUUAUUCGUAAGUUGAAGUUCUGA